UCUUAAGGGGAAAAACAUAAGAUACACUGUCUAAUAGAAAAUGGGAAGAUCUCCUUGUUGUGACGAGAGUGGCCUCAAGAAAGGUCCCUGGACCCCUGAGGAAGAUCAAAAACUCGUCAAAUAUAUCCAAAAGCAUGGCCAUGGAAGCUGGAGAGCCCUCCCUAAACUUGCUGGUCUUAACAGAUGUGGAAAAAGUUGCAGGUUAAGGUGGACAAACUAUUUAAGGCCAGAUAUCAAGCGAGGAAAAUUUUCCCAAGAAGAAGAACAAACAAUUCUAAAUCUCCAUUCCAUCCUUGGCAACAAAUGGUCAGCGAUUGCUGGCCACCUACCGGGGCGGACCGAUAAUGAAAUCAAGAAUUUCUGGAACACCCACCUGAAGAAAAAACUCAUUCAAAUGGGUUUUGAUCCUAUGACUCACCGGCCUCGAACUGAUAUAUUCUCAAGCAUACCUCAUCUUAUUGCCCUAGCUAACCUGAAGGAACUCAUAGAUCAUCAUUCAUUGGAAGAACAUGCUCUCAGACUGCAAACAGAAGCUGCACAAAUGGCAAAACUUCAAUAUUUGCAGUAUCUCCUUCAACCUCAGCCUCCUGCAGCUUCUAAUAAUGCAACAAGCUCAAACAACCUAAACAAUAUCAGUGCUAUUGGUGAAAUGGAAGCUUUUAAUCUCUUGAAUUCACUUGCUUCAUUCAAGGAUAGCCCAGUCUCAAGUUUAUCCCAGUUUGAUUUAUCAGCUUCCUCUCUUCAAGGGAUCAAUGAUUUAAUGCCCUUCUCUCAUUUGCCUGACUUACAAAUCCCUUGCAACUAUCAAACACCACCAAACAAGGACGUGCUUGAUCAAGCUCCUGAAUUGACAGUGUUUAGUCAAGGAGAGAACUCACCCAAUUCUCCAUGGCAGCUUCCUUCAUCUUCAACUCCAUCUCCUCCUUCAGUAUUUCCACUUGUACCACAGAAUAGUGGCAUGGUCAACAACUUGGGAGAUGCCUCUAGCACUUCAAGCUAUGUAGGAGAAGCUCCUUCAGUUUGGCAUGACAUCCUUGAAAAUCCUUUGUUUCAUGAUAUUGCUUAGCUUAAUUUUUCAUGUGUGUGAAAGGUUUGGAGUUUCACCACCAUUUCACUGUAUAAUGCCACAACAUAUAUACUGUUUAUAACUCCAUGUAUAAUCUAUACACACAGUAGCACAUUGCACUACUCAUCACGGUAGAUAGAUUUGCAUGCAUGUUUUUGAAUGUAAGUUGGAACAGUUUUUCAUCAUGGAGUGUUACCAACUAUAAUUAUAUGCAAUUAAGGGACUGAUUUUAUUGAAA